UUAGGAGAUGAUACCAAACGUAAACAAUAAAUUAUAACAAAUAACAAAGUACAAACUGAUGAACACUAUUUAUAAUAGUUUCGGGAAGACAGGAAACAAAUUAAGAUCUUAUUUUUAUUAUAGAGGAACUUUCGGAAAAUAUGAAUAACAUUUUGCAACUCUUACUGGUACUCUCUACUAGUAUGUAUGGAGUUCUUAAAGCAGAACCUAACUUUAUCCUGAUCAUAACAGACGAUCAAGAUUUAUUACUAGAUGGAAUGGUUCCAAUGACGAGAACUAUUGAGUUGAUAGCCAAUAACGGAAAAUUUUUCCAAAACGCUUACGUAAAUUCGCCAAUUUGUUGCCCAAGUAGAAGCACUAUUCUUACUGGAAAGUACUUAGAGAAUACAGGUGUCGUCAACAAUUCGAUAUCUGGAAAUUGUUCGAGUCAAGCGUGGCAAAAGAAUCAUGAGUCAUACACCAUAGCAGCUCUAUUGAAAAAGGCAAAAAGCUAUACAACCUAUUACGCGGGAAAAUAUUUAAAUCAGUACGGUACCAAAGAAGCUGGUGGCGUUGAACAUAUUCCUUAUGGGUAUGAUUGGUGGAUUGGCCUUCAAGGAAAUUCAAAAUAUUACAAUUACACUUUAUCUGUAAAUGGAACAGGCCAUUUUUUCAGCGACAAAUAUUUAACAGAUGCCCUGGCGGGGUAUUCGUUAUCCUUUUUAACCAACAAACCAAACGAUAAACCGUUUUUCAUGAUUGUAGCUCCGCCUGCACCACAUGCUCCUUUUACUCCUGCGAAAAGACAUGAAAACGCUUUUGCAGGAACUAAAGCUGUAAGAACUCCUUCAUUUAAUCAUUCAGGAUAUGGUAAGCAUUGGUUACUUCGAAUGUCUCCACAGUAUUUACCAGAAAAUGUGGACAUUUUAGACUCCAUACAACAACACCGUCUGGAAUCAGUGUUGGCAGUUGAUGAGUUAGUCGAGAGGAUUGUUUAUAAAUUAAAAGACCUAAAUAUCUUUCAAGAAACUUACAUUAUAUAUACUUCGGAUAAUGGAUUUCAUAUUGGUCAAUUUAGUCAACCUUGGGACAAGAGACAGCCUUACGAAACUGACAUUAGAGUUCCUUUUUUAGUUAGCGGACCCAACGUACCACGGAAAACUAUUGAAACAUUUCCUAUUAGUUCUGUGGAUAUUGCUCCCACAAUUUUGGACUUAGCGGGUGUCGAUAUUCCUAGGUCCAUGGAUGGCGAAAGUUUUAAAAAACAAUUGUUUCAAGAGACGACUGAUUAUUUUGCAAAAGGUAUUUUGAUUAGUUAUCGAGGAGAAGCAAAUCAAAAGCUAAUAGAUACAAGUUGUCCCUGGGCCUAUGAUCCAAAUUUGACUGAAUGCACCGUAGAUCAGUGGUGUAAAUGUCAAGAUUCUCGAAACAAUACCUAUAGGUGUAAAGUGUAUCAUAUGGACGAUCUUAUUUUUGGCAAGUUUGCAUCGAAACAUUGUCUUUUUGAUGACGCAGAGAAUUUCGUGGAAUAUUAUGACUUAUUAAAAGAUCCAUUUGAGUUAAGGAAUAUACCCCCGGAUAGUUUUAAAUAUCACCAGAAGUUAGAGGUAGCAGCUUUUCAAAAUGCAAUCCUGAAAGAUGCUGAUACUCAAGAGAAUAAUGAAGUCUAGUAUCAAGAUCGUAAGACUUUUUUCUGUUAGAAUUUUAUUUUGAUACGGAGCUUAAUAAAGAUUUUCUUUUCAUUAUUUUAA